AUGUUAGAUUUCCGCACAGUUCUGGUAACUUUCGUCGGUCGGAACGAUGAGAUUGUGUCGAUCCGGUGCGCGGUCGUGAAGUCCGGAAGAGUGAGUUACAAGUGGGCGGAAAGAAGAAGAAAAGCUACGGAAAAGACUCGCGCGUGCGCCAACCGCACUCCCUAAUUCCCUAAUACCCCACUGAUAAUAAACCAUGCCUAGAAUGCCUUAAUGCGCCAAACGCCCAAAUCCUAUACUGAAGACAUGUCAAGAGAUGCAUUCCAGCAUGCAGAAGGCAUAAGAACCAUAAUCAGGCUACAAGUGAAUGAUAGAUACGAGGUGACGUGA